AAAGUAAACAAUUGAAUUUGACAGCAACAUUUACAAGACAAAUCAUCAAUUUUCUGCAGACUUUAUCUUGUUUUUUUAAUUUUACAAACUAAAUUUACAAUAAUGGAUUCCAAACUAGAUAUGAUGGAAGAUUACUCAAAUGCUAGUUUGGAAGGAGACAUGUCAAUUCCGGGUGCUGCACGCACAAAUGCACCGAUUGGAGCUCCUGACUUUAAUACUUUGGAUGAACCUAUAAAAGAGACUAUUCUACGUGACAUUCGUGCAGUGGGUAUAAAAUUUUACCAUGUCUUAUAUCCCAAAGAAAAAUCAAGUCUCUUAAAAGAUUGGGAUCUUUGGGGACCUUUGGUUUUGUGCACAUUUAUGGCAACAAUACUCCAAGGUUCUGCAGAUGCGCAAUAUGAUGGUGGCCCUGAAUUUGCCCAAGUAUUUGUGAUAGUUUGGAUAGGUGCGGCUAUUGUAACUUUAAAUUCUAAACUGCUGGGAGGGAAUAUUUCAUUCUUUCAGUCUGUAUGCGUUUUGGGUUACUGUUUAACGCCAGUGGCCAUUUCUUUAAUAGUUUGCCGUAUUAUUCUAUUGGCUACGCAAACUAAGCUACUUUUCUUUUUACGUUUAUUAACCACAACAAUGGGUUUCUCUUGGGCCACAUAUGCCUCGUUUAUAUUUCUGGGCAACAGUCAGCCACCAAACCGUAAGCCUUUGGCCGUCUAUCCUAUAUUUCUAUUUUUCUUUAUUAUAUCUUGGUUAGUGAUAUCAAACAAUUAAAUGCCCGUAUUUUAAACAUUUUUUAGUUAUUCUUACUUAAAUAUUAAUUAAACCAAAAAAAAAAAAAAUUACUUUCCAUUAAGAAAAAAUGUAAAAAUAAAAAUAUGUAUUUUGCCGAUAGCAAAUACUACAUAAAAAUCGUUUAAAUAAAA